AGUCUCCGAGCGGGGGGUGGCGAGCACUGCAGGAAUAAUUGGUUCUCAGUCCGACUUUCUCCUGCUGUCUGCUUCCUGCUUUCUGUUGAGAACUCUGCUCAUUAUCCACCCAGCCCAUUUUAAUUCCGCCCUCAGUACUUCACGGAACAGCAGAGACGGUUCAGUCGGUGUGAGGAGCGGCCAAGAUGGAAAGUUAUAACGUACCUGUGUCAGUCCUGUUCGCCGUCUUGUCUCUCUGCUCUGUGUCGGGAGACCACGCAGAAUCCCACAGCUUGAUAUAUUUCGCCACCUACUCCCUCAGUAUUCCUGACCUGCCAGACUUCGCCAGGGUUGGGAUGUUGGAUGAUCUGCAGAUAGAUUACUACGACAACUCCCUCGAAGAAGUGGUACCCAGGCAGCAGUGGAUUGCGAACGGCUUCACGGCUGACUACUGGACACAGCAAAAGAAGAUCGCAGACUUCAUUCACACGAUUGUGUCUAAACAAUUGGGAUCAUUUGGCCAUUUGCUUGGUAUCACCUACUUCCAGGGGAUUUGGGGCUGCACACAGUCUGAAAAUAUGAUCCAUCUGUUUGUAAAGUUUAGCAUCCAAGACCUCGGUGGGAUUGACUGUGAUCUGGUCACAGUGAACUGUUCUGCCACUGGUAUCCUUAAAAUCUUGAACGAUCCAAGCAACCUACAGAUUUUCUUUAAUAAUGCUGCAGUUGAAGCAGUGAACAACAGCUGCAUUCCAGACUUGCAGAAAGCUCUUCAGCUUGGUGAGGCAGCACUCGAGAGGAGAGUUGUUCCAGGGGUGACAGUGUUGAAAAGGGACAAAGGCGAGGGUCUCCGGUGUGUCAUCACUCCCUUUUACCCCCGCACCAUCAACGCCACUUGGCUGAGGAAUGGACAGGCCGUCUCCAAUGGCAUAAACAAGAUCCUUCUACCAAACCACGAUGACACGUACAGGAUGGAACUGCUCAUCGAGCUACACGGCCAAGAUCCAAAGAUGUACUGCUGUCAGGUCCAGCACAGCAGCCUGCCAGAGACGCUGACAAUGACACUGACGGGAGGUGUUGGUGGGCCACAUGAUGCAUUUGGAGCUAGUUACAUGCUGGUGCUCAUGGCUACGCUUGUGAUGAUCGUUGGAACAUUGUAGAGAAGAGGAGCAAUGAGGAGAGAGGCCAGGUGUGAUAACAGAUGAACAUCCGGUCCUAAUCUGAAUACUGGAUGAAGCUUCUACCUGUUACAAUGAUGAGUGGCUGUAUACCUCAUCAAGAAGGUCUCCACCCGAAAUGUCGCCUAUUCAUUUUCUCCAGAGAUGUUGUCUGACCCGCUGAGUUACUCCAGCUGUUUGUGUCUAUCUACAGUUUAAACCAGCAUUUGCAGUUCCUCUCCUCUUCAUCAAGUUUAGUGUUGCCUCCAGUGUAGUGACUGGUUACUGAGUCUUCUGCUACUUUCCAACAAACUCUUUUAGCAAUGCUUCAACUUUGUGUUACAUUUCACUUAGAAUUUAAUUUUGAUGUUUGAGGUUUUCAUCUUAUAGAGUCAUACAGCACAGUAACAGGCCCUGCGGCCCACCUCGUCCAUUCUGGCCAAGAUGUUCCAUCUGAACUAGUCCAAUUUGCUUGCGUUUGGCCCUUAUCCCUCAGAACCUUUCCCACUGAUCUACCUGCCCAAGCGUAAUUUAAAUGCUGAAAUGGUACUUGCCUCAACUACCUCUUUUACUUAAUUUUAGUCAGAGCAUGAAAACAGGCCCCUCGUGCCACCGAGUCCACGCCGGCCAGUGAUCACUCCAAACACUAGCACUACCUACGCACUGGGGUAAAUUUACAAAAGCCAAUUAAUUUACAUACCUGUAUGUCUUUGGAGUGUGGGAGGAAACCGGAGCACGGAGAAAAUCCACAUGGUCACA